AUGAUGGUGAGGUUUACACUUUGUGUAGGUUGCGUGAACAUCCCGCUUCGUGAGAUCCCUUCGACCGGUGUCGAGGCUUGGUACAAACUGGAAGCUCGAUCACAGCGAUCCUCCGUGCAAGGCCGCAUUCGCCUACGACUGUGGCUGUCAGCUAGGGAGGCAGGGCGACAUGACGAUGACAACUGGCAACAGGUGCGUCAACACGAGCGUUUAUUCGGCGUGCUGCUGGCUCAUGAAGUGGAGAUGCAGCGCGCUGCAGCUGCUGCGGCUGCCGCUGCUGCAGCGGCCGCGGCCCCGGCAGGAGCUGCCGCGGCUCCGGGGCAACCCGAGCCUAAGAUCGCCACCACACCUACGCCACCAUGGGACGGAGACCUGUGCGGAGCAGCUCAGACACUGUUACACCAGCACGCUAUUCAGGGCGAUCUCAGCGCGUUACAGGCGGCUAUUGCUCGCUUCGCUGCGGCAUGCCGUCUGAACGCCGAUGCGCCUCUUGAUCCUAAGUACAUGCACAAGUUGCUAAUAGAGUUGGAACGAGCUUGGUGUGCCUGUGAGGCUAUAUCUGGCAGUGGCAGCGGUGACUCCGGCUCAGGGGCCUCCCGCGACGAGGAGCGUUGGCUCGCCGACUGCUUCGGCGAGUAUGUGGACCGGGCGCUACAUCAACUGCGCCUGCAUCGUGACCUCUACCCCGUGCUGCACCAACUUAGUAUCAACAAAAAGAAGAGCUUGUCUAUGCCGCAGUGGUACGAGGCGCUGUGUGGCCAGGACACGCACUCCGAGAGAGGAGAGGACCUCGUCAACUUGAUCACUCUCAUACAGAUCGACCUGCAACAAGGCCUCACCUACUACCAUCCACUCUUCGAAAUGACCAAUAACGUGCCGUACUUCAGUAUAGUCUUCACACAGAUAGACAAAAUGUUAUCCGAGGAUGUGAGGCAAUGUGUGGAACAUUGGGUGGUGGAAGGCUGGUGUGGUGUCGUCGAAGAACCGAUGUACGAUGAGCACGGAAACGGUGUGUGCCUAGUGACGAUAGCUAAGACGCUGCCGUUUGAAGUGUUGUCGGCGGUGCGCGAGCUAUGCGCUGCGGCCGCCCUCGCACCGCAACCGCAGGCGCAUCCCCACGCACCGCACGACCCGCCACCGCAACUACUCGACGCUUACCUGUGGUUUGAGCCGCUGAUCGAUCGCUGGCUCGCCGUUACCAAAACUAUGGCCCUGCAGCGAGUCCGAGCCGCCGUCGAACUUGAUCGGCCGGUGGAGGGGGAACAUCUUGUGAAACACAGCACCUCUUCUGUGGACACUGCGGCUUGCCUGUACCACAUGCGCUUGGUAUGGCGCUCAGUGGGUGGUGCUGAAGAGUGCACGUCAGGUGGAAGUGUGCGUCUGCUAGAAGCCGCCUGCGCAACCGCCCUGCACUACGCCGACCUUGUGCAUGGAGCACUCGCUGAUCAGGGCUACUAUGAGAACCAUGGUCAAAACAAAACGACAGAGGAGAUAUGCACGAUCGUGAACAACUUGGAAUAUGUGCGGCGCUCUCUCGCCGAGUACGACGACGAACACAUUGCAAAUGACGAGAAUGCUCGUCAGUUGGUGCGCGGUGCCAUCGGCACACUAGACGCGCGGGCGGCACGUGCGGCCGCGCCUCUAUCUGCGCGUGCGCGCCCGCAUCUCAGGAAAGCUGUGUUCCAUCUCGCAUGGUCGCCUGACACUUUGCCUACUACACAGGCAAUAACUCCACUUCUGGAGUUUUUGGAUCAGCAUUUAUCCUCGCUGAAUACCUGGCUUCUGCCCCGCGCAUUCAUUCGCGCUCUGGGUGGAUGCUGGAGUGGCGUCCUCAAGGAAGUGUCUUCUCAAGCCGAUGCGGGUGGAGCUGAGCGACCGCGUGUCUACCAUCACAGGCUCAGGGAGGCACUCGAUCUCUUAGCGGACUUCUUCCAUGCUGAAGGAAAAGGUCUCCCGAUGUCGGAGGUGCACAAUACGGAAUGGUUCCGCGUGGAACAAAGGAUGGAGUACCACCAGGCGCCCACCGAGAAACUAUUGGAACUGUGGCUCGCUGAUAGGCUGGCCGAACAAUCGCGUACACCGCUGCCCUCACGAUACGGCUCUAUACUUGUUCGUGUAUACUUCAAUCAUGAUUCGCUGUGCGUGGAGGUGUUGUCGGCGCGCGACGUGAUUCCGCUCGACCCGAACGGCUUAAGCGAUCCAUUCGUUGUGGUCGAGUUGGUGCCCAAACGACUCUUCCCGAAAGCUCACGAACAAGUCACCAACGUGCAAAAGAAAACAUUGAACCCUGUUUGGGACGAAUGCUUCGAGUUCGCGGUGUCCCUGGACGCGUGCCGCUGCCCAGGCGCGGCGCUGGCCCUGUCAGUAUGGGACCGUGAUGUGCUGACAGCUGAUGACUUCGCUGGCGAGGCCUUUGUGUCGCUGGCCCGUAUACCCGGGGUCAACAACCACGCUGCACCGGACCCGCUGCGGCCACUAGAACUGCCGCUCAUGCAGCUGCACGACCGCAAUCAUCCCAUCUUACAAAUACUGGAGUCACGCACCACCGAUAAACUGGCCAUUGACUUCGUGAAGAAACAAAAGCUAAGAUUCGCUGAACAGUAAGUUCUCUGUCAACUUUCAAAAUAUCUGUUUCUAAGUACUUAUACUUAUUUCUUUAUUUAUAUUUACGCACAACGUCCAUUAUAAUGUUGACAAUAUUUACAAAAUUUACAAAGAAACAAAAAUGAAUUCGAUAUUUUUUAAAUGAAUUUUUAGUUGAUUACGACAAACCUAUUUAUUAUGAUUAAGGUGUAUAAAAGUCAUCAGUAUUAACGUAUGAAAUACUACAAAGACUGUAAUCCUUUGACUCAUGAGAGAACAUGUAUAUGUAUAAAAUAUUGUCUAUGUGUAAUUUCAAUGCAUUUUAUAUGUGUAUAGAGUUAGUACGCACCCUCGGAGCUUAUGUCCCUAGUUGUUAAUCUCUAUUAGAAGUUCCCGACCAAGUACUUUAAGGCUCGUUGUUAACAAUUUCAUACUUCGCGCUCUCCACCUGGCUACAUAUCUUACAUGGACUUCACUGUUCGGCACUUUCCAAUCCAAAUAUUAUAUAACGGUGUUAGUUGUUUAUUAAUACAGUAGCAAGUCAAACGUAAAUGAUAAUAUAUAUGAAAAAAAUAGUCGUAAUUCAAUUUACUCAUAUUAACGUGUCUCUCAAUAGUAUUUGACCGUCAGAAUAUAUAAAUGUUUAGCGUGUAAUUAACAUUAUCAAAUCCGUGUUGGUCUGUGUUUCCGAGGAGUACUUAUUUAUAUUAAUCCCUCGAUGUCGAUGUUUAAAUGUGUUGCAGCGUUAUAUCUGCUUGAUGUGGAUUCACAAUGAUCCAUUGAUGCACACCUGUAUGUUAGAUUGCGACUAUACAGUGGAAUUCAGUAAAGCCACUCAAUUAUAAUUUUCUCGUUUAAUUAAAUAUUUUUAUUACAUUCCAUAUUUCACAUGACAUUGAAUUGACAGUAGCAUUAUGAAUAUUCUACAAAAUUUGAUACUUACAACUUUAUGCAUUUUGAACGAG